CCUGGGGCAGCGUGAGGCUCGGGUCUGGCCGGACACUGCCACAGCGGCCCUUCGCCCGGGCUGGGGCCGCCUUUGUGUGUGGACCCGGCGUCUGGGGGGCAGCUGGCCGCUCGGGCCUUCCCGAAAUUCCCGUCCGGCUAAGGAAACACCUCCAAGUCCACCCACCAUGUCCGCAGCAGCAGGCACCUGGCGCAGGCCGCUUCCCUGGCCAGGCCGGGCCCUGGCUCUGGAGAUUAGAGUGCCCCUCUGGGGACAACCGUCCGGGGCCGGCCCUGAGGCGCCGGGUGGGAAGCUGGCGGCCCCAGAGCAGCCCUUGCUCCCGCAGGACGACCAGCUCCUGGACGACGGCAAGACCCUGGGCGAGUGCGGCUUCACCAGUCAGACGGCGCGGCCGCAGGCCCCGGCCACGGUGGGGCUGGCCUUCCGGGCAGACGAAGCCUUUGAGGCCCUGCGGAUUGAGCCCUUCUCCAGCCCACCCGAGCUGCCUGACGUGAUGAAGCCACAAGACUCAGGGAGCAGCGCCAAUGAGCAAGCUGUUCAGUGAGGCUCCCGGGCCCACCCUGGUGCCCCACCCCCCAAUAAAAGAGAUUUGGGUGUCUGCCUGGUUGCUGCCUCUUUGUCUGCACCCUCUUCUGACUGCAGGCCUCGCCCUCACUGGACAGGCCUGUUCCUGGGGAGGUGGCCCCCCUCGGCCUCUUGCUCACCGGGCUGGCCUGCUGGCCCCCUCACCCCCCCCGACCCACCGCAAGGCCAUGGGCCGCAGGGCCAGCCUCCAGCCUGCUCCAGCCUGGAGCGCAGCUUUGUUCCUUCAAACUUCCCCUCCCAGCAUGCUGAGCGCAAGCGCGAGCUGCAGCUAGAGCACUGGUGGGAGACCAAUGGGGGGGAGGGUCCCGCAGCCUGGAACCAUCCCUGCAGGGGCCAGGGAGGCCUGCAGUGACCCUGUGGGUAGUCAGAGGAGCCGCUUGUUCCUUCCACCCCCAAUAAACAAUCUACACACUCCA